AUGGUGGAGAGCAGUCUUCACAAUGGGGCCAGGUUAUCACAACGACCCACGGUUCCGCUGAGGGGUGGGCAACGCCGCUCAUCAACCUCGCGCAACGCGGUUUCCGAGGAUAGCGACUCUACAGACACAAAUGAGGAGCCUGACGUUCGACGUAGUCGUCAUGGUGAUGGUGAUGAGCCUCACGGACCAUCCUCCGAGACAAGUGGGAGCCGGCGCUGUGAUAUGGCCGACCCAGAUCGACCAUACAACAUGUGGCGAGAAAAUGACGGCACCCUGGUUCCUAUGCGCGGCGCCUUGUUACCAGACGGAUACAAGCACGACACAACCAUUCCGGGCCGGCCUUGGAUCUGCCCAGUCCGAAGCUGUCGCCGGUUGUUUAAGGCACCAGGUCAUCAUCGGGGCUCACGGCUGAACGACAACCUCGACGGAACCUUCUCCGUCGUUGGAGCCAACAGCGGCACCCACCCGGCUGUCGUCGUGUCACGGAACCCGAUGGAUUCCGAACCCAUUGCCGAGCCUACGAUUCCGCAUUAUCCUGGCGGACGUGGCACGAAAACUAUCCGUUGGGUCAAGGCAGUCGGGAAGAAUUCCCCAUCUGACGCUCCUACGACAAAGACUAAUGUUGACGCUCAUGCAACAAGUGUUGCCUCCGACGUUAGAUUUGAAUUCGCGGCCGAUGGGCGUCCAUACCGGGAAUGGUGGAAUGAGCAUGGAGAGUUGAUGAGCAUGGCGGGAGCGUUGAUUCCGGAAGGUUAUCAGCUGGAUCCUGACAGUGUCCCUGGUCGCCCCUGGGUCUGCCCCAUCAGGUCUUGUCGGAUAGCCUGCAAGUUCAAGAAAAACCUAGGAUAUCAUUUCAUGACCACCCAUAAAUCCUGUAGCCUGAACGAUAAUGGUGACGGGACGUUUUCAAUCGUCAACAGUCCGCAUAAGCUGAACGCCCCUCGCGUGGUCUCCAGGAAUCCCUUGGACCCCAAAGAGCCCCCACCGCCCGCGCCUCGUCCGCCCAUACAAUCAUCUGACGCCCGCAUGGCGGACCGGCCGAAGAUCACCGAGCCAGUCUCCACAGGAGCAUUAUCAACAGGCUUUAAUGAGGCUCCCGACAGUUCUGCCGCCGCCUCGACUUCAAGUGGCCAACUAUGGGAUCACAUCUCCUCGCGAGCUGCUUGGUUACCCCUCGACCGGGAAAGCCCCGAAGCGAAGAUCCUCCUCCGCUACCCCAAGAUGCGAGACCUGAACAUUGUGUCUGCUCCCUUGCUCGCUGCCGAGGCCAACACCAGGCUUGUGCCGAGCCUCAUCCUGCAGGCCGUGGGCGAGGAGAACCCCAACCCCUGCACGGAGUGCCGGCGUCGUGACGGGCCCUUUGACAGCUGCGUCGGCGGUCCCCCCGAGCUUUUGCGGCAGCUGUUGCCUUUUCUGGGCUCGGCCGCCCGGUCCUGCGCCAACUGCAUAGCCCGGAAGAACGCGGGUAGAUGCAGCGUCAAAAGGCCGUAUGCGGGUGCUCGUGCAGGGUUGUCAGAACCAGUUUUCAAGGGCCAAGAUGACUCGGUCGUGCCUGAGUUGUUGAACGAUUCGGGUGACGAGCGAGAAUCGGCCGAGGCCGGCCUAGCACGACGGCGCUCAGCGCGGGUGUCCCUGCCAAACGGGGACGUGGACUCGGAUGGAGGGAGUGAAGAGUCGGCUGACGAGGCCUCUCUGGAUCCUGGAGCUAGACCGCCGCGGUUGGUCACUUUCAGCGUACCCAAUCCUACUAAGAGUGAUCGGCAGUUGAGGGAGCCCCGCGCUGCCAGCUUGAAAGGCAACGGUCCAGUUGAACGAGACUUGCACUUAGAGGACUGGGAAAUGGGCGAUGGCCGGGCUAACACGGCCGGUGAACCACUAGCGUUCUCGUCCACAUACCUCGCCGCCAAUCAAACAGUGCAAGUCUCGCCGAACAUCAAAUUCCAGGCACUCAGCAUCCCCUCGGGCCGUGUUCACCAGAUCCCAGCAGACGCGACCAAGACCCGUGUGUGUACCCUUGCGACCGGCAAGCUUGCGGUGCAUGUGGGAAGGGACGAGUUUGUCAUUGGGUCGCAGGGCAUCUUCAAGAUCAACCCGGGCGUGGCAUGCACUGUGACAAAUAGGGGCUAUGGGGAUGUAGUGUUGCAGAUUACGUCCGUCAAUGGGGGGUAG